AGCAGUGUGCGUGGGGAGGCGUCAGUGUGUAAAUGAGCAGCCCGCGAUGUGUGUCGCCUACUCUCAUAUUUUACACUGUGAAGCGCGUGAGUCGAGCACUACACACUGGAUGUACCUGUUAAAGAAACACCUUUCAGUGCGCACAGGGCGGAAAAUGGGACUCCUCAGUUUCCAACUUUUAAUCUAACAGGAGUAUUGUUGCUUGUUGUAGAGUCUGGAUCGUUGACAUGGCAGUAGACGCGGCCUCCAGUUUUACUUUCUGUCGUCCUGCGGUGGAGUACAGGGCACUUCCAGAGGACUUUAAGUACCAGCUGAGUCGUUGUGCAGGUGGAAACCUUACCUGGCAUGAGGGGCACAGCCGCAAAACAGUCGGUGGCCGAACGGUCAAACUACUCCAGCAGCCUGGAAGCGAAGAACUGCAGUUACGUUCAGGUGAAUCUUAUUUUGUUUACCACACCAGCCCGACCUUGCCGUGUCUCUCCAGGCCAGUGGUUCUGUGGUCUCAGCAGGAUGUGUGCAGAUGGUUGAAGAAGCACUGUCCACACAACUACUUGACCUAUGUUGAAGCUUUCUCCAACCACGCCAUUACAGGUCGUGCUCUCUUGAGAUUGAAUGGAGAGAAGUUAGAGCGGAUGGGUUUGGUGCAGGAGACUCUGAGACAAGAGCUUCUCCAGCAGGUUCUACAGCUACAAGUACAAGAGGAAGGGCGCAACUUACAGCUGCUUAGCAGAGGGCUAUCCGGAAACCUGUCAUAGCUUCAACCAUGCGUAGGGCAGUUCUACCAGACUGGCUGCACUCUGAAGGGACAUCAGUGUGUUUGGUCAGGCUGAGGCCAGAGACGUUUGACUGGACCUGUCAUGGACUGGGACAUGGGGACAGGUUUCAGUUAUACAGCUCAACCCCCACAUUCUCACUAUGUUUAAAA